AUGACGUCUUACGAAGAAGCCACGACGCCCACGAUGACGACGACGACGACCCGCCAACGCGUCUUUCACAUUCCCGUGACCGAAACGAUUGCGUCUGGCCCGACGUUCAUCUUCCAAGACGCACUCGGCAAGCAUGAGAACGUCACGCCGCCGGCCGACGAGCUCGCUGCGAUCCGCGACGACCUCAACAAGCCCAAGCACCUUCUCGGCGAGUGGCCCUCGACGGCUAUCUGCGGCAACGACAUCAUGUCCAGCGUGCUCUACUCGUCUGGUAUCGUCGCCUUGAAGGCCGGCAAAUUGGCGCCCAUUUGCAUGGCCAUGGUGUCGGUCGUCCUCUACAUGUACCGCUUCAUCUACGAAGAAGUGGUCACAGCGAUUCCCAUGAACGGCGGGUCGUACAACUGCCUCUUGAACACGACCUCGAAGCGCGUCGCGGCCGUCGCGGCUGUGCUGAGUACGCUCGCGUACACGGCGACGGCGGUCGUGUCCGGGACGUCGGCGUGCUACUACCUGCAGUUUGUGCACGAGAUCACCGAAGAGAUUGAGCGUCGCGCCGCCGAGAUGGACAUUGUCGUCAAGGAAGACAACAUUCGCUUCUUUGAACGCGAGAACACGCGCGUGUCGCUGCUCGUCAAGACCAUCAAGGCCAUCAAGGAACAGCCGUUUGUCUUCUUCAUCAAGUCCCCGGACCUCACGGUACUCAACAAGGUCAUCUUGUAUGUCCGCAGCAACGAGAUGACCAACACGCUCCGGUUCGUGCACGUGUACGCCGAGCCGACGGACGACGCGCUCGAAGCGAUUUCCGCGCUCAAGGAGAUGGUCGCACUCUUCGAUCGCAUUUACCCCAAGCUCAAGGCCGACUUGGUCACGAUCCACGGCAAGUUUGAACCCGCGCUCGUCCAGUGGCUCAGCCACGAGUAG